CACACACACACACACACACACACACACACACACACACACACACACACACACACACAAAACCACAUGCUCCUGCCCUGUCAUACACCACCAAUCAUUGAAUUACUCAGAGUAGGCGAUCAUUGAUAAGCGCUUGUCGUCCUGCAGGACGUUUACAGACCGAUUCCUCUCCUUUAUCCCGUGUCUCUGUACCGACGACGAACACGUGAUGGAGGACAGACGGACAGAGCAGGCUGUGGUGAUAGCAGAUGAUUGGCCCGGUUACGCCUUAGAGCUGUUCACUUAUCCGGAGCAUUACCGUGGCGAUGUGGAGAGUGUGUACAUCCCGCAUGGCAUCAUCAUGAACAGGAUUGAGUGUUUAGCCAAAGAUAUCCUGAAGAACUUGGGUCAUGAUAACCUGAUGGUUCUGUGUGUUCUGAAAGGAGGCUAUAAGUUCUGCGCUGACCUGGUGGACUCCGUUAAAGCCCAGAGCCGGAGCUUUGAUCAUCCCAUCACCACCCGGGUGGAGUUCAUACGCCUCAAAAGCUACCUGAAUGACUGCUCUACCGAAGACCUGCACAUCGUCGGCCCUGACGAUCUCUCCGUGCUGACGGGAAAAAAUGUCCUGAUUGUUGAAGCCAUCGUGGACACGGGGAGGACCAUGAAGAUGCUCCUGCAACAUGUGGAGAAGUUCCAGCCCAAGAGUGUCAGAGUGGCCAGCUUGCUGCUUAAGCAGAUUCCUGGCGGAGCUGCAACACUUCCAGACUACAUUGGGUUCAUCAUCCCCGAUCGCUUUGUUGUUGGUUACGCUCUGGACUACAACGAAUACUUCCGAGACCUGAAUCACAUCUGUGUGAUCAGUGAAACGGGGAAGCUGAAGUAUAAAUUGUGAGUUUCUUCUCGUCUCAUGGCGCGAAAAUUUCAUUGUGGACGUUUGUGGAAUUUUGUUUAAAAGGUCAUUAACUCACUCACUCACUCACUCACUCAUGCUCAGCCAUUUUCUACCGCUUAUCCGAACUUCUCGGGUCACGGGGAGCCUGUGCCUAUCUCAGGCGUCAUCGGGCAUCGAGGCAGGAUACACCCUG